GAGUUGGAUACAAAAGAAUCUUAUAAUUUAUUGGAAGACAUAUUGGAUAUGAAAAAUGCUGAAGUGUGCAAAAUCGAGGGCAUAUGCAACUUCGAUAAAGAAGACAGCGAAAUUACAUAUGAAUUCGGUAAUUUGCUGAACGUCGAGGGCUCCUUGCUGUGGGCGAACCUGAUAGUCGAUUCGUUUCUUAUGAGCUACUACGACGGAUUUCAAAUAGAAAACGUAGCUUGGGGAAUGAUCAAAGAUUCUGGACAGUGGCGGACGCUCACAAGACUGAUGAUACAGUAUCAGCACGUUGUUUUUAACAGUAAGUUAGUAGGGAGACAAGUGUCAAAACCUCUUCUCAGCUAUAUAUCGUCUAAGUUUACUGCGGAAACAGAAAAAAAAUUCAUUUCGCUUCAUGCCCAUGACGCAAAUUUAUAUUUUGUUCUGGCGGCACUGGAAGUUGAGGAGUUUGUGUUGCCAGAGCAAUAUGAAAGGACACCGAUAGGCGGGAAGUUGGUGUUCCAGAGAUGGCACGACGCUACACAGGACAGAGAUCUGUUUAAAUUGGAUUUUGUAUAUUUAACCGUAGAUCAGAUAAGAGAUGGGUCAAAACUAUCAGCUAGUAAUCCCCCACGCUGGGUGCAGCUGUUUUUCAAGGAUUGUCCCGUAGACUCAGACGGGUUCUGUUCCUGGGAAGAUUUUGUUAAUGUUCUAAAUGAUGCAGCCAGUUUUUAAAUGUUUUAUGCUAAUGUAUAUAAUGACAGAAAAUUCUUUUAAUUUGACAAUGUGUUUAGUUUAAAUAAAAU